AUAUAUAUAACUAAAUUUAGGGUCAUAAUCUUUUGCUGAGAUUAUAUGAAGACUAUUGCGCGCCGCUUCGCAAUUGGAGACGACUUGUCGUUUACAUCGUCUCUUCUUCACUCUGCUGAAGCUACGUCGUCGUCCCAUCCCUUCGUCUUGCAGCUCUUGCUUGACUCAUUUCUCUAUCUCCCACCCGACCCGACCCGACCCAAUCCAGAGCUUCUUCUUCUUCUACUUACCGUGCUUAUCUUUUGAAAGCUUCCCGUCCAGUCCUAUAAUCUGCAAUUCCAAUUAAUUCAUAACGACAAUAAGUUUGAUCCUCUCAGAAAAUUAUUGGAUUUUUUGAACAAAAGUGCAGAUUCGGAUUGUUUUUUCUGAAGCAUGGGCGAAAGUGAAAUUCCAUCUCUGGUUUCCUUGUGCAUAGAGGCAGUAAAAAACGAGCUGGUUCGCGGCGAUGAUCUUUUACCGAUUAUCAAGGAGCUUCCAAGGAACUUGGUUGAUAUUCUAGCUUCGAGACUGCCUCCAUUGGCUUUAGAAAAGUUGCAGACCGCAGUGCCUUUUGACGAUCGAGAUGACCAUGAUUUCGCCGAUGAAGGCCUUAGAAAUGGUAGAAAGCGUGGAAGGAGUUGGAAUUUCAGUACGGCAUGGAAAAUUUUAGUUAAGUCGCGGUGGCCUAAUCUUGGCAAUCAGAUUGAACCAAUUGACUGGCAACAGAUGUAUUGGGAAACGCAUCUUCAAAAUUGCUUAGAUGAAGUGGCAGAGAUAGCUUCGCUUCCCUCAUUUGAUGGGCGCCUUGGUGAAAUCGGGAUUUCAGACUCUAUAUUGAAAUUGAUAGGCUUUGAGGGUUGCAUGGAUACUUCAACUUGUGAUUAUUCCAAACUAUAUCACCAUUGCCAACAAUUUGGUUAUUAUGCCAGAUGCCUGAGACUUCAAAAUGUUCUUUGUAGUGCAGAAAUUUCUCAUUUAUUGAGGAAAAGCCUGUUGCAGAGCUUGGAACUAAGGUGGAUCAGAUCCAAGGAGCAUAUUGAUGGACUAUGCAAACUUCUGAACCAGAACAGUGAAAGUUUAACAUCACUUGAGUUCAUUCACUGCAAGCUUUCUUCAGAUUCUAUCAAUGCAAUUUGUAGUUCCCUACCCACAAAGAAUGUGCAAACACAUGGGAUAAAAAACUUCUCAAUCAACACAUCAAACUUUCUUGAAACAAACCCUGUUUCCUUACCCCUCGGACUUGUGUCAUUUUUGUCAUCAGGAAGGUCCUUGUAUUCUUUAAAACUCUCUGACAACCACCUUGGCCGCAAUUUUGCAAAAUUGGUUUUUGGUACUCUUCUCAAUGCUUCGUCUAGUCUAUCCAUCCUUGACCUUUCAGAUAACAAUAUAUCAGGCUGGCUUUCUGAACUCUAUUGGAGAUCACCAAGUGGUCCCCCAACGCCUUUGGGAAUUGGAAAGUCCUUCCAAUCAUUACGAGUGCUCAAUUUAAGGGGAAAUAAUCUAAACAAAGAUGAUGCAGAUGGUCUUAGAUACGCACUCGUUCAUAUACCUAAUUUGGAGGUCCUAGAUAUGAGUGAUAAUCCUAUUGAGGAUGCUGGAAUCAGGAGUUUAAUUCCAUAUUUUGUCGAAGCUUCCGAAAAAUGCUUUCCCUUUGCUGAUUUAAUGUUGGAGAACUGUGAGCUUUCCUGUAAUGAAGUGACUUACCUCAUAGACACCCUCUCAACCCUACAGAGACCAUUGAAGUCUCUAUCUGUUGCUGAUAAUGACCUUGGCAGCCAAGUGGCAGCAGCUUUGGGAAAACUUUUGUCCACAUCAAUUCAAAUACUCAAUGUUGAAGGUAUUGGAUUGGGUUCAUCUGGUUUUCAGGAACUACAAGAUGGCAUAACUAAGGAGUUGAAGCUAGUCAAGGUCAACAUAAGCAAAAAUCGUGGAGGAAUUGAAACUGCAAACUUUUUGUCAAAGCUCAUAUCAAUGGCUCCAGAACUCGUUACAGUCGAUGCUGCAUAUAAUCUUAUGCCUUUAAAAUCCUUGACCACCAUAUGCUCGGCCCUUAAAGCUGCUAAAGGAAAUAUUGAGCGUCUGGACUUGAGGGGAAAUAUUUGGGAUUAUCAACCAGGUUAUGCUUCUAUGCAUGCCGACAUACAAUGUAAUGGAAGGCCUGUUUUGAUUCUUUCGUCGUCACCAACUCCAGAUGCACCCUAUGACGAUGAUCCGUGAACGGGAUGGCUCUCAUAAUAUAUUUUUCAUUCAACUAUCUUAUGCCAAUCACCCACUGAAGUUGCCAAAGUUUCUCCCCUGUGCAACAAAACUAAGCAGGCAUUAGGCUGAUUAAUGUGAUUAUGUAUAUUAUUUACCUGCCUUCCCGGCUGUGAUAGCUAUAUCAAGUAAUUUUAGGCUUCAGUUGUGAGUUCUUGUCCAAAUGUACUAGUUUCAUGUGUUGUAAAAUAUAUCGAUUUUGUUUUCAAGGUUGAUUUGAUUGUAUUAGCAUAAACUGCUUAAGUUUGGACCUCCCAUAUAAAAGGUUGAAGGGGUUAUUGCGAUU